AUGGAUCCUCUAUCUGCACUCGGGGCCGCGGCGGCCAGUGCUCAGUUCGUGGGCUACGCUGUCCAGGGGGCAUUGAAGGUUCGGAAGAUAUGGCAGCAAGUGAAAGAUGCGCCGGCUGGGAUAGAAGACCUACUCAAUCAUGUCGAAAGGGAAAUCUCGAGUCUCAAUAGGCUCACUGAUCCAAAGUCACCCCUUACUUAUCAACUUUCUGAUGAACAAAGGGUACACCUCGCACCAUUUGCGACGGAUGCAGCAGAAGCAAUCAAACGUCUGGAGAAAAUCAUUCGGCCUUUAGCAACCGAGCUCGACUCACUCAAGGAUCAACAUGGUCUUCAUAAAAGAUUCCAGCGCUCGUGGGCGAAACUCAUGACCGCGAAAACUCUGAGAGAAAUCAAGGUGAACCUCGAAGUUAUUGAAAGACUGAACAGCACCUUGAGUCGAGAACUGGAUCGGGAAAUGAAAUACUCUGGCUCAAUAGCACAAUCAUCAUUGAUAGACCAGAACUCCCAGAUCAUGAGGACAACAUCUCUCAUUGCUACCCGCGUCGACAUGACAAACGCUUUCCUACAAAACAUACAAACAUCACAAAUUCGUAGGGAAAGUGAAUUGGACAACUCGAUAGCAUCGUUAUCUCGAAGUCUUACGGAUACAAGCCAAAGCUUUGCUUCUACGGCUAAUCAGGUCACUGAUAUGCAAGAUGAUCUUGGCAUCCUGAGACAAGAGAGCACAAACUCUACACAACUAUUGAGUUUGAUUCAAGAUAGUAUCUCAGAUCCCUCGGUCGGCCUAUCCUCCAAAAUGCAAGCAGGCAACGAACUCAUGAUGCAAUUAUUGAGCCAGCACCAAGAACUGCGCAACGAGCUAGCCAGUGCACUCUCUCGUCCUCAUAACAAGACAAGUAGCGAGCGCCGCAGCCAUACUACAUCAUCACCGACUGGCCCUCUGCCCUCAGAUCCCAAUUCGUUCAGCAGCUCAUAUGAUCUUUUGAAAUGCACCUGCAAAAGAAGACGACUGUCCAGAUUCAAAUUGGUGAAAGUUUCAAACGAAAAUGGACAGACGCGUCAAUGUCCGUUACACGGACCCGUCCGCACCUGGAAUUACCAAGUCAAGGCGAACCUAAGUCCAUUUCUGAACGGUGCGCUGGAACUUACACUUGAUUUUAUCACCAGCCGUCGGGCUUUUUCCCUCUCGCCGUCGUUGAAAUUCCGCGUCGUGGUCAAGCGGUCCGAAAGCCAUUUGUUCCCCUGGUUCGACGGCAUCGAGCGGAUUCUGCGACAAAGAGCCUCGGCAAUACGCAAGGAAUCUCUCAUGUCCGACACGAUGCAAUGGUCGCCCCUCUCGCGAAACAGAAUGGCCAACAUCACCGAGUGCAUGUCAUACCUGGUCCAAGGCGUCCGCCGAUCCAUUGCGCUCGGCUUAGCAUCCGGGUCGGAUACCGAUGAAAAAGGACGGACAUUGCUCUUCGAGAUCUUCUGGCUGUUGGUGCUGCUAGGGCCGGAACGAAGCCAUUUUACCAAAGAAAUUAUCGAGCUCUUGCAGUUGGCCCGCGUGUCGGAUGUUGACAUUGGCGCAACGACUGAUAUGAGUACCUGGUUGAAAGCGCCACCCGGUACACUAAUGGUGUCAACAGCAUUCUUGUUCUAUCAGUUCAGACUAUAUGAUCUCAGUCCAGUCAUUUGUCGAGAAUUCGUCAGCUUCGACAAUCUACUAGAGACGACUCAUUCUCACUCUGACAAUGAUACUGAUCCAAGGUUUUUGAAACUUUUACUUGCCAACCCGGAAGUAGCAGAAGCUGCGGGUUACCCAGAAUUCUCCAUGGCCAUCAUCCGCAGAUCACUUCCAGACACGAUGAAGCUUGCGCAACAGUUCAAGGGAGUAGUACAAUGGUCCUCGGAGUUCUGGGGGCCCGAACUCGCUCUCGGAUGGCCAGAAGGCCUCCAGUUCCUCGCUGAACAGGGGUUUGAUGUUACCCGUGGCUUGCACAUGGCAGCUAGACUCGGCGAUGUUGAGUCCGCCAAGAUUCUCCUGUCUACAGACGCUCCAAUAUUAUUCUCUAACCGCCCUUUGAACUCUUCCGCUGGCCACGAAUGGCUCAUAUCCGCACUUGCAAAGAUUGAUGACGAAGUGUUUCGGUUGUACGCCGAGGAAGUCUGGCGCCGGGGAUCCGAGCUGCGGACACUGGCAUCGUCAUAUCUGCUAGAAAAUCGAAUCGACGAAAUGGUUUUCUAUGGCGAUUCUUCCUGGUUUGGCAGACCGCAACUUUUGGAAGUACUCUCUCGGCAUAUGCAGAUUCCGCCGAAACUCGGAGACGCAUUGAUGGCUUUACCACACUAUAUUCUUGCUUUCACGAUUGGCGAUGAGUGUGUUCGUAUCCACCAGAUUCUGUAUGACAUUGGGUGGGCAGAUGUGGACGCAGGCUACGAGUAUGGCCGGACACCUCUUAUCGAGAUAUGCCGUCAUUUCGUGGCGGACUUGUACCAGCAAAAUUUCCAGAAUUGGCUUGGACUAAUCCUGUGGUUUAUCGAAAAGGGUGCCAACGCAGACUUUCCAGCGAGUGAGACACAGCGAUUAUUCUGGCCUCAUCUGCAAUUCUACUUGGCCGCAGCAUAUCCCAUCGCAAGGUCAGCAAGGUCGAGAGCCACAAGAACCUUGCGCUCAGCCAUCCUCGAGUCUUGCGAUGCCCCCGUGGUAUCAGACGGGUGCAAAUGCUUUUGUUCAACCAAGGGCUGCAUCGCACCCUUCCUGCUGUGGCGCUGCCAACCACUUGGAUAUUCCUUGAACCACUCUAACUGCCAUCGUCGCGAUCGUCUCAAGUGGAUCGGCCUGCGAGAUUGGCUGACGGCUUGGAAGCUGCCCACCAUUGAGAGACAACGCUCUUACCGAGAAAUCUGCCGGCUCGAAGUGUUUGACCGUUUGGGGGGCAGACACACCUGUUGCGCAACUUAUGGGCGCAUCUCCUGGGACGCUGAGGAUGAAACGACAGAUUUGGCGGAAGAGAUGCGUCAAAACAAGGGAGAGAUUGCCGAGAUUCGCGCCGAAGAUAGGCCUUUGGCCGAACAACUCCAUCUGACCAUGUAUUGGUAUAAGCAGUUGCAGAGAGUACUUCGUUAUAGCCAUGUGUUCGACUUCUGUGUUCAUCUGCCAAAGGAUAUCAAGUUGCUAACUUAG